UCUCUUUCUGCACUUCACAAGACCUUUUUUUGUAUCAGUGGCCUUAUUCUCUUCUCAUGUGUAUUCUCCCUCCAUCUUUCAGGACAACAAGGGGUUUGGCCUCGGUGACCUGGUGUGGGGGAAGAUUAAGGGUUUCUCCUGGUGGCCCGGCAUCGUGGUGACGUGGCGCGCUACCGGCAAACGGCAGGCCAGCCACGGCAUGAGGUGGCUGCAGUGGUUUGGAGACGGCAAGUUCUCUGAGGUUUCUGCAGAUAAACUGGACUCCAUCACCGCCUUCCCCAAGUUCUUCAGCCAGCCUUCCUACACCAAGCUGGCCUCGUACCGCAGGGCCAUCUUCCAAGCUCUGGAGGUGAGUGUCGACGUGUGGAAAAAACACUUAGUCGUUACUUGA